AUGACAUCUUCAUCUGUCAAUAACGGAAACAAGUCCAAUGAUAGUGACCUCCCUAUUGCAUCCAGUAAGGUUGAGGACGAUAAUGGUAGUGUUGUCGCAAACAACAACAGCAGCAUGUUUUCAACGCCAAUUUCUAAAGACACAAGUACAUCAACAGAACGUCCUGAAGCCCUGAGAAGGCCCACUUUCGACUACGAUCUAGUUGCAAAGACUGUUUUAACCCCACCACAAAUCCUGGAAAACUUGGCAAAGCUAAAACUUAAUUCAUCUUUACCAAUUGAUUCUUCAUUUCCUACUUCAGAGAACCCCUCUGCUCUUAGCUUAAAUUACGAGUUAAGUUCCGAUUUAGGUGUUGAGCCGUCGAGAAUAAUAAAGCAUCCAACCCAUAUAAAUCUACCAGGUGGUAACUUGCAGGAUUAUUCCACAGACCAAACAUCCAGUCCUGAUUACGACGAAAGGUCAAUCACCAACCAACGUCAAAGUAUUCUCAGUACAUUCGGUGAGGAUCAAGACUUGGUAUCAGUAGGCUCAUCGCAAGCACUAACUAUGGACGACGAGAACUCCUCCUCUUCCCUUUCACUGGAGACUAGAGAAAACGUGGCAUUGGGAAAGACAUCGUAUUUAAAUGAUGUCAACUAUAUAAGGGAUCACUUGGACUUUUUGAACCAGAACUUGAAUGCCAGCAGAUCGGCAAGAAAUUCAGACUCAAAGUACCUGGAUUUUGCCAGCAUACUGCCUGAUAUCAUACCUUGUUACAGUUUAGUAAAACAAUUUGGGAAUAGGAGCUAUCAGACUAAUCUUUUGUACCACGGGAUUAAAGUUGGUCACACUGGCGGUGUUGACACUGAAAACUUUACUUGCAAAUUGGCAAGUGAAGAGAAGAACUUUAUCGAGGUCAACUCUAAAGUCGUGUUGAGCAUUUCACCAAACAUUAUGAAAAAUUUGUCGCUUUCAAGACUCUUGAAUGAGUGGUUUAUUUUAUCCGGUACAAACCCUCCAAAGACGCAUUUGUUAUGGUCGAAUGAGACUUUAACCAAUAAAUUCAUCCCUAACAGUAAAAGACCCACGUUGCAAAAAGACAAGAAAUAUGGUCUCAACACCUUGCCAGUGGGGAUUCCAGGUAUUUUAUACCCAGUGGAGAUUUUGAGCUUCAGUUUUGAGAAUGAAUUGGAUGUGGGCUCAGCUGACAGGAAAGGGGAAGCGCAAAAACGUGUUGCGUUGGUUUACAAUGAUAAUGACUAUAAAACCUUGCGUGAAUAUAGUUGCGGCACGCCUGAACCUCACCCAGAGAGAACUCUGUCCGACACAUCGAAUGGGUCUGGGGUACGAUCAGUAAUGAGUGGAAAUUCAACUGCUCAAAACACGCCCAGUGAAUCUCUUGAGCAAUCGCAUCUGUUCUUCAAUGGAAUAGGCGCCAUUGGUGCCACUAGCUCCACAAACUCCUUGUUCAACAAGUUGGCAGAGCAUGUGACGAGUAGUCCCAAGACUCCCUUGAAGGUCAUUGAAAUUAUCUCUGACAUGAUCAAAGUGGUUGAAACCUUGGGUGUUGUGCAUGAACUUGGAUUUGUCCAUAAUGGUAUUACGAGCAUGAACUUGUUGAAAUCCGAGAACGAUCAGGAUGACGUAAAGAUUACCGGUUGGGAAUUUGCAUUUUGUCAUAUGGAAGAUUGCAUUUACGGAUACAGAAAGAACCACUUGAACGAAAUAUCAGACUUGAUCCCCUACAUGGCACCUGAGGUAUCUGGAGUUGUCAAUCAAAUGGUGGAUCACAGAUCCGAUUUUUACUCUAUUGGUAUUGUAUUGUACGAAUUGUUACUAGGAACAUUGCCCUUUCAAAGUGAGGAUCCAAAUUCAAUUGUUCGCAUGCAUAUUUUCCAAAAGCCUGUUGCCCCUCAUUUACUAGCACCUAGUUGGGUCUCAGAGAAACUAGGUACCACUAUAAUGAGAUGUCUUGAGAAAAAUCCACUGGAUAGAUAUAUCGACUGCUAUUCCUUACUUAGUGACUUGAUUUUAAUCAAAAAUCAGUACAUCGACAGGGUGAGCUCUAUGGGUGAACUUGUUUGGAACCAUUGGAAAAAAACAGGGGACUUUGAUGUAUAUCUCAACAAAGAGAAAAUGAAACUGCCAGAAAAGGUGGGGCACAGUCCCACUUUCACUUUUCCAGCAAAGUUUGUUGGUCGUGAUGAAGUAUACAAGGAAAUUUUUGACAUUUACAACAACACUUUUGAAGGAGGAGUCAACUUAUUCUGGAUUAGUGGUGUAAGUGGAGUUGGAAAGACUAUCAUUUUGAAUGAUAUGCGGGUAGGUGCAUUUUUCAAAUAUGACUUUUAUUGCAUGUGGAAGUUCUCUUGUUCAGAUACAGGUAACUCAAUCUAUUCAAUGCUUUUGGAAGGAAUCAAAACGGUCAUUGGCCAAAUUUUGGAAUGCUCAGAGGAAAUACAAGAUAGUUGGAGAGAUCUAAUUGUCACAAACAUCCCCUUAGACUUAAGCAUAUUGUUUUACCUCAUCCCUCAAUUGAGAAAACUUUUAGGUCCAAAGUAUAUUUCCAUAUAUCAGCACAAACUGGGGACAAGCUCUCCAGGAGGUCCCAUAAAAGAAGAAGCAACAUCUACGUUGGAGGUCAAAUUCAGGGCAAUUAUAAGAUCAUUCUAUAAGGUUGUUGGCUUACAAGGAUUGACAAUAUUCAUUGAUGACCUACACUGGUGCUCCGAAGAGUCAUGGCAGCUCUUGUGUGAUAUGUUGAAAUUUGAUGAUGAAUCGGAUAUUAGCGAGAUGAGCUUAAAAUUGGUUGCCACGUUCACCACCGAUGCUAGGCAGUUUCAGGAAAACAUCGACAGUGUUGAGAAAGAGAAACGGUUCAAGGAUUACGUUAAUCGUUCCAGCAUGAAGAUGCAUGUCUUUGACAUACCAAAAGUACCAGGAGAUGCAUACAAAAGCUGGAUCGUGCAAUUGAUUGGAGCAAAUCUGUCGUCGUCAAAAACGCAUAUUGGUGGACAUCACGCAGCAGCCCCACAGCAAAGCAGUAUGUCUUCCAUGAUCAAUAAAGCCACAACUGAACAAACUACGCAUAAACUCUCUGGUGCCAACAAUAAGCUAAUUGCUGAUGCUUUAAAGUUUUAUGAUGCCACUGGAGGGAACAUAAUGCUUGCUCAAUACGCGAUAAGCAUGGCCCGAUUUUCACAGCAUUGCUAUUAUCUUAGUUUACAUAACUAUGGCCGAUUCGUCGUUGAUAACUUGUCUCCAGAGAAUUAUGGGAUGAAUAGGAAUGAAAUCAUUCAAAACUUUUUGAAUGCAACACUCACCCCCGAUGUCAAAUGCUUGUUGGAAUUUGCGGCAAUUAUCUCUCAAGGUCCAGGUUUCCACUUGUCUGACUUGAUAGUUGCCUCUGCUAUGCCUAUGGACAGGGCUUUCAAAGCCUUAUCGAUCAUGGUUGGCUCAAAGCUACUUUUGCCCACCACCACCUACUACAAGGUUCCUUUCGAUUUACUUUGCUCGACCGAGUCACCUUUCGAUUUAACAGAUAACGAUAUAUGGGAGUUGACAUCUCAUUGCAGCUACAGGUUUUUUUACGAUUCAUUAGUUGUUCACAUCACUGCCGACUUGGUGACAACUGAUAGAUACAAGGAAUUAUCAAGACUCUGUGCCUUGAGAUUUCACAAAACCAUAAGUAAAGAAAAGACUUUGAAUAUAGGCGGGUACUUGCAAAUGGCAGGAUAUUUCCGAAACUCCUAUCAAGUUGCAAGACUGGAUGAGAAAGAAUUGUAUAUUGAGGUCUUAGUUCAAGCAGGUAGGUAUGCAUCAUCAACCUACAACAUGAAGUUAGCGCAAAAGUUGUUUCAAGUUGUGGGAGAGUUGGUUGACGAUCUUGACUCAACGCGCCAACUCAAGUCAAUAUUGACUGUUUCUCAGAACCAUUAUUAUUUUGGUGAGUAUGAAAAGUGCUUGGAAGUGAUGGCAAGGGCUCAAGAAAAGUAUGGAUUUGAUCGAAUCGUGUUUCUUUACCAAUUAGUUCGAUGCAAAAUCCAGAUGGGUGAGAUUGAAGAAGCCAUAAAGAUAAGUUUUGAGAGUUUACCAAAACUUGGAAUCACUAUAAGUGCUGAUGAAGAGCAAAACUUGAGAGAUUACAAAAAGUAUAAGGCCAAGAUUCCAGUAUCAGUGCCUGAUAUCAGAAAUAUUCCGAGGACGAAACCUACCGAGUCGCCAAAAUUGUUGCUCAUUUAUCAUUUGAUCAGCCAGUUGUUACCAUCUUUGGUGGUGUUUCGGAAAAACGCCAGUAGAAAGCUUUUGGUUGUGCAAGCGAUGCAUGCAAUCUACAAACAUGGUCCUUCACCUUUCGCUUUCAUGAUUAUGAUUGAUUUCGCUUCUGAUUUUGCAAGUCAAUUCACUUCUGCGGGGCUAUUGAAAGCCAAGGAGCUUUGUAGGGUUGCCAUCAGUUUGAUUAAUAGGGCCAACAAUGUCUCGAUUAAUUACUAUCGUGAGAUGUACGACGUUUAUGUUUGCACUUUGGCUGUUUAUGUCGAGCCAAUGCCUGUGGUUCUCAAAUAUAUUGAAAUCAUCUCAGAGAAGACGCAAAAUGAUAUGAUGCUGGGAUUUGAAGAGCUACGUAUAGUCUUGGGGAUGAUAGACAUCUUUAUACUUCUUUUGGGUGGGAAAGCAUACGAUAUGUCUUUUCUGGUGAACAGAAGAAAAUCGCAGAGAGAAAAAAUUGGAUUACUGGAGGAACGGUUGUUCAUCUUUGAUUCAGAAGACUGUGUGCUUGGGUCCCUCUCGGUUUCCGAUUACCGAGCUCGCUAUGAGGAAAAGAUGAUAAACGAACAGAACUUGAGUCAACUGUCUUAUUUGGUUGUGGUGCUUAAUGGGUUGAUGGUGGCGAAAAGAUACGAUGAAGGUGUUGACUUGAUAUUGAACAAGGCCCACGAAGUGUUCGAAUCGUCACCACUUUUAUUUUACACCAGUCAUUAUUUUUACGUUGCGGCUAUUCUCAUUACAUUUGCAUCUAAAGGAGAUGCAGAAGCUGAAGCUAAAAAGACUGCAAUUUUCAAUGACAUAUAUCUCCGAAUGAAAUUGUGGGCGUCAACAAAUGAGCACACUUUUGGAAAUAGAGUUAUACUUUUGCUGGCAUUGAAUGCUAUCAGAGAAGGUUCAACGGACUCGUUGAGCAUUUUGGAUAUCUUCGAGGAUGCUAUUGAGCACGGCUCCAAAGUGCAGAACUGGUACGAUGUGUCUUGGAUUAGUGUCUUUUGUGCCAGAUGGUUGAUAAACUGCAAUGGAAACAAACGAAGAAUUGGCCAGUUAUGCAAACGAGCAAUUGAAAUCAUGAGGAAACGGGACUUUGAAGAUUUCGCCAGACAAUUUGAAGAAGAAUUUGAGAAAUACCUUGAGCAGGAUUGGUCGAUGUACACCUGGGCUGGAAUCAACAGUGCCAAACAGCAAGAAGAAAAGAAAAAACCCUCCAAAAACAUACCAUCUAACCUUCCAAUCAGUACCGAUGAUAGUGUUAGCGAGGAAAUGAAGUCGCAAAUGAAAUUGAACAGGAAAUCGAGGAAAGCAAGACACAAAGUGAAAAGCAAUAAAAAUUCCAACUCUGCUUAUGAUUUGAACUCCACGAUACAAGCUUGUUUGGGUAUAUCUGAGGCUAGUGAUGAGAGAACCAUUUUGAUCGAGUUGUUGACUUGUGCAAUCAAGUUUGCUGAAGUUGACUAUGGCGUCGUAGUGUAUAUGAAUGGUGAACCGAAAAUACAGGCUGUCGGUUCGGCCCAGCAUAUAUACACCUUGAAUGAGGAACCAUUAAGCUCAAGGAUAGACGUUUGCCCUUACCGAUUGUUGAUCCAUGUUUUGGAAACGGGAGAAACGAUUAAUAAGGAAGAUGAUCAUGUGGCGUUUGCCAAUCGCUUUGGAAAAGAUCCAUAUUACAAUUACAAUUCGUGCUCCACAAUUUUGUGUGUUGCUUUGAAAAAUCAAUUUGGAGUGUUUGGUGCUCUUUAUUUGGAAGUGGACUCGAGAAGAGAUAAGAAGAAGGCGAUUUUCGAUGGUAGAAAGCGCGACUUGCUACACUUGUUUUGUACGCAAGCUGCGGUUGCUAUGGGCAAGGCAAGAUUGAUUUCUCAAAUGGAAAUUGCCAAGAUGGCAGCAGAGGAUGCUACAGCUGAAAAGGCAAGCUUUUUGGCGAAUAUGUCGCAUGAAAUUCGAACUCCAUUCAAUUCAUUGCUAUCGUGCUCGAUCUUCUUAUUAGACACACCCUUGAACUCAACACAAAGAGAAUACGUUGAAGCUAUCAAAAGUUCAGCAAUGGUUACAUUAAACAUUAUUGAUGGUAUAUUGGCAUUUUCCAAAAUUGAACAUGGGUCUUUUACGUUGGAGAAUUCUCCAUUUUCGCUCAAUGACUGCAUUGAAAGUGCCAUACAAUUAGGAGGUGAGCAAGUUGUUGAUAACAAUUUAGAGUUGGUAUUUUUCAACAAUUGUCCUCAAAUAAAUACUGUUACCGGUGACGUUACCCGUGUCAGGCAAAUCAUCAUCAACUUGGUUGGGAAUGCCAUGAAGUUUACAACCCAUGGACACAUCAUCAUUAGUUGCAACGCAGCUGAGUUAACAUCAGUGAGGUAUGAGGUUACAAUUUCUGUGGAGGAUACGGGUAUUGGUAUCCCUGAACAAUCGCACAAUAAAGUGUUUGGAGCCUUUUCACAAGUUGAUGGGUCCUCGCGUCGUGAGUUUGGUGGAUCUGGGUUGGGAUUGGCCAUUUCAAAGAAGUUGGCUGAUCUAAUGGGCGGUGAUAUUCGAUUCGAAAGUCAAGAAGGGGUUGGAAGCACUUUUUACUUUAAUGUCAGUUUUGGCGUUCUGUUGUUUGAUAAGCCAGAGAUUGAUUUACUGGGUAAACGAGCAUUGAUUUUGAACAAAUUAGAGUUGACUGGUGCUGCUUUGAAGAACAUGUUGACUUUUUUCAACUUGUUUGUGGAUGAUGUUUCCACUGCCAAGGAUAUCAAAAGUGUUGAGUCGUACGAUUUCUUGUUCAUCAAUUUAGAUGAAUAUGAUGAAUUCAGCCCGUUUGAGUCUCAAUUGAAAUCAAGUGCCAAGGUUGUCAUUUUGGCGCAGUUUGGUAAACCCUUGACUGGCGAGAGCAGCAAAUAUGAAGCGUUAUUAUGCCCCUUCCAAAGGGAGCGAGUGGUGAGAUUACUUCGAGAUGCCAGACCCGAAACAAAGCCAAGAGAAAUAACUCCGGCUCUCUUAGCUGACGAGUAUCCGUUGCGAAUUCUUCUUGCCGAAGACAAUUUGUUGAAUUAUAAAGUUGCUUUAAAGUACUUGGAGAAAUUGGGAUUCAAAGCUGACCACGCUAAAGAUGGGACAGAAGUGUUGAAAAAAUGUGACUUGUUGAUGGAAAAGGGUGAGAAGUACGACGUGAUUUUGAUGGAUAUUCAAAUGCCUAAUAAAGAUGGUAUUACAGCUACCAAAGAAUUGCUUGCAAAUUAUACCAAAUUGAAUAAGCAGCAUCUUAUCCCAAAGAUUGUUGCUUUGACGGCGAACGUGGCUGGCGAUGAUCGGGAAAGGUGCAUUGAGUGUGGAAUGAUAGAUUUUGUGUCAAAACCUAUACUUCCCAAUGAGUUGAAACGGGUAUUGACCAAUUUAGGUGAAAUUAUACAAGAAGAGAAAAAGGCAGAGACGGCAAGUAAUAGAAACUGA